UAUUCAAAUGGUUUUAUCUUGCAAUACAUUUCAUAUGACAUAUAAGAUAGUUACUUUGCCUACUUAUAACCUUUAAAUAAAAUUGGGUUUUAUCUUUGAUAGUGGUACGGUUAGGCGCUGCUUUUUAUUGGACUAUGGACCGGAGCUAGAUGGGCGUUAUUUCUUCAUCUCUUUAAUAUAGCCUACCGGCAGUAAGAGAUACUAAACAAUAUUAAUUAAAUUAAACUUUAAGAGAUUUAAAGCUGCUUUGUUUACAAAACUCUUUCAGUAAAAUGGCAACCUUUUUACAAUCCACCAUUGACAAGGGAUCUGACAUUCUCCAAGAUUUCUUAUGUUCGACAUGCGAAGACAAGAAACUGGAUAAUAUGGCUGAUUUCUACUGUGAAACUUGUGUUAAAUUUUACUGUGGAAAAUGUAUUGGCAUGCACAGCCAGUUGUUUAUAAAACAUGCCCCCUAUGGAAGGGGAGAUUUGAAGAAAUGGCCAGUGGCAAAGCAGGUGGAAGAUUUCCUAUUGAAAUGCGAUGUCCAUAAAGAUAAAAACCUUGAAUUGUUUUGUGAUAAUCACAUUGAGCUGUGCUGCACAAACUGUGCAAUUCUUAAUCACAGACACUGCCAAAAGAUAACUCUUAUAUCCGACAUCGUAAAAAGCCAGUCUACAGACCUUCAACAACUUUCAGUUUCUAUCCAAACUAUUCUAAAAGAGUUGAAGAAACUUCAAGACAACCAAGAGGCUAGCAUUCAGUAUGUGCAAAGUUCAUAUGAUGAACAGUUACACAAGAUACAGAACACUCGCAGAGAAAUAAAUGUAGCCCUAGACACUAUUGAACAGAAGACACGAAAGGAAAUGUUAGAUACUCUAACCAAACUGCAGGCCUCUACCAAAAGUGAAGCUGAUAAAUGCAUCAGGCUUAGGGAUGAAUUGAAACGACUUCGAGACGCCACACAGGACAUAAGUGAUAAAAGCAAGCAGGAGUUAUCCUUUAUUGCCACCAGAAAAUGCGAGGGAAUAAUAAAACAAUCUAAAACUUUUUUGAAUAGCACUCUUCAGGAUAAAUUUUAUAUAUCAUUCCAGCCUAACAGUGAAAUUGUACAGUACUUGACAACACUGUCCGGUCUUGGGAAGAUUGAACCAAUGAUGGUACAAGAUAAUCCAAACAAGGUUAUCACAGUGCAGGGCAAGUCUGAACACAAUGUGAAAAUAUCAGGUGAUUCAAAUGAAUGCAAUAUCUCAGCCAUCCUUGUUCUCCCAGCCAAACAGGUCCUAGUUGCAGACUUCAAUAAUAAGAGUGUCAAGCUUCUUGACCAGCAGUACCAGGUGGUGAGUCACUGUAGUGUGACUGGCUAUCCACUGGUCCUGUGUGAUAUCACACCCAGUGAAGUGGCUGUUGCUGUGAAUGAAACUGAUAUGAACAUUAAUGAGGUCCAGUUCAUCACAGUCAACAACAGACAGCUGGUAUUAGGAAGAAAGCUUCAGUUACAACAUGCAUGUAUUGGUAUUGCCUUCCAAAAGGGAGACAUGUAUAUUACUGAUAAAACUGCACUGUACAAGUAUACACUGAAUGGGAAACUUGUCAGCAAGAUGUAUAAGGAUACAUCAGGCAGGUAUACAGGUAAGAAUCAUUGUUAAUGAAUCAUUAUAUGUGAUUUGUUUAAUAAAUACAUUUAAAAUGUUCCGUCAGUGUAUUAUUUCAACCGAAGUUAAGAAAAUAAUUAAUGUUUCGUAUCGUUGAUUAAGACAUUCCCAGAAUGCCAUGUCUAAAAAUAUUGUGAAAUAAUUAAAUAUUGUUUUCAUAACAUUUAAUGGAUUGGUAAAAU